CUUCUCAUGAGAAAGAGAGAGAGAGAGAGAGAGAGAGAUGGCAGAGUUGUUCGUGAAGCAAGCCAAGCAAUACGCCGCGACCCGCCCGAGUUACCCGCCGCAGCUCUUCCGGUUCAUCGCCUCCAAAACGCCCUCGCGCGACCUCGCGUGGGACGUCGGCACCGGGAGCGGCCAAGCCGCCCAAUCCCUCGCGGAGAUCUACAGCAAUGUCGUAGCCACGGACACGAGCCCGAAGCAACUCGAGCUCGCCCCGAAGCUCCCCAACGUCCGCUACGAGCUCACCUCCCCGGCCAUGUCGAUGGCUGAGCUGGAUCAGAAGAUCUCGGGUCAAUCGAGCCUCGACCUGGUGACCAUCGCGCAAGCCCUCCACUGGUUUGACCUCCCCAAUUUCUACCGACAGGUGAAACACGUCCUCAAGAAGCCCCACGGCGUGAUCGCUGCGUGGUGCUACACGAUCCCGGAGGUCAACGGCCCGGUCGACUCGGUGUUCCGCCGGUUUUACUCAGUGGACUCGGACCCGUACUGGGACCUGGCCCGCAAACUGGUGGACGGCGAGUACAGGGGGGUCGAUUUCCCAUUCGAGCCGGUUGAGGGGAUGGAGGACACGGGGCCGGUCCGGUUCGUGACGGAGAGAGCCAUGGGGGUGGAGGACUUCUUCACGUACAUAAGGUCGUGGUCGGCGUACCAGACGGCGAAGGAGAAGGGCGUGGAGCUGCUGAACGGCGACACGGUCGAGAGGUUCAAGCGGGCUUGGGCUGAGGACGGCGAGGACGAAAAGGUCGUCAAGUUCCCGGUUUUUCUCAAGAUCGGAAGGGUGGGCGACGCAUGAACAAUAACGCUCGACAUAUGAAGAUCGAUUUACAAAUAUAGCGUGCAAAAUUAAAUAACAUGAAGCUCGAAAUCUUCAUUUGGUGAGACUCAUAUGAGUCAUAUGUUCUAUUUUAAUGAUGAUUAAUUUGACUUAAUCAA